AUGGAAGACAAGUUUGAUGAAGGUCCGCACAACUACAACGAUGAGUCAAGUGUCGUUGAGUUUGAUGAUCAUGAUGAGGACGAAGAAAAAGAAGAAGGUAAAACUGACGACGACAUGGACUCGGCGACGAUGACAACGAAGACACCAGGUCUUCGAAGAGCAACAUCAAGAGACACACGCGCACUCAAUCACUUGAGAAAGCUACCGUCAUUCAAGUCCCAAGCGAAGAACAUACAGAGUGGAAACGCCGACUACAUUCAAGUCGGCGAUGGAAUCAACGACUCCGGCAAGUGGAAAGAAGCGUGUGACUCGGAGUUCGAUUCGCUUCAGAGAAACGACACGUGGGAAAUCGUGCCUCUUCCGAAAGGUCCGCAAGGCCAUCGGGUGCCGAUGGGUUUUUCGUGUAAGGAGAAUCAAGAUGGCGAAGUUGAACGUUUCAAGGCAAGACUUGUGGCCAAAGGAUUCUCACAGAAAUUCGGAGUUGACUAUGAAGAAACUUUCGCACCGAUGGACGUCAAGACAGCGUUUCUUAACGGCUCCCUCAACGAAGACAUCUACAUGGACCAGCCGGACGGAUACCUGGAUGCAACACAGCCGGACUAUGUGUGCAAGCUAAAGAGAUCACUCUACGGCUUGAAGCAAUCGCCUCGCAUGUGGAACCAAACAAUCGAUGGGUUCAUGAUCAAGAUGGGAUUCAAGAAGUGCGAAUCGGACCACUGCAUCUACAUCAAGCGAGACGACCAAGACAUGAUUCUCGUGGUGCUCUACGUCGAUGAUCUCAUCCUGGCCAGCAGCAACAACGAACUCCUCAAGUCAACCAAGAUGGCGCUGAGCAAACGCUUCGAAAUGACGGAUCUCGGUGAGCUCGAUUACUUUCUCGGCAUGGAGAUCAAGAACGACCGUAAGACGGGAAUGGUGACUGUACAACAAACCAAGUUUCUCAAGUCCGUGUUAACCAAGUUCGGAAUGGAUAACAGCAAGCCAGUGAAGACGCCUCAAGAUCCCGGCCUGAAGCUAACCAAGAACAUGUGUGAACAAGAAUGCAAGCACGAAGACACCAUGUGCAACGUGCCAUAUCGAAGUGCUGUCGGAGGCAUCAUGUAUCUCAUGGUCGCCACACGUCCGGAUCUAGCUGCUGCAGUGGGAUCAUUAUCCCAGUUCUCGUCCGACCCAUGCCCGACUCACUGGCAAGCUUUGAAGCGUGAUGAACUUUAG